GCCGAUCAACUGGGUACUCGUGCUAUACAACCUAACUAUUACCGCGCACCAGAGGUCAUUCUGGGAUGUGGGUGGAGCUAUAGUGCCGAUAUAUGGAAUCUGGGUGUUAUGAUAUGGAAUAUACUCGAAGGCACAGAGUUGUUCACCCAGGUACAGGAUGCGGAGGGAACUUACCUCCCAGAAGCACAUCUAGCGCAGAUGAUAGCCCUGCUUGGGCCCCCGCCUACGCCUAAGAAAUUGCUUGUGAUGUCGGAGUCCAUGGCACAGGUUGAGUGGUCACCAGCUAACACUGAUAAAAGGGGUAAGAUAUUCAAGAACAAAAGGGAAUACUUUGGUGGGCCUUUUUUUGAUGAAGAAGGCAACUUCCUCUACAACGAUUUGAUACCCGCGCGAAAACUUGAAGAUGCAGUCCCAUCUCUAGAAGCGAGCGACAAGGAAGCUUUCCUAUCUUUCAUCAAACAGAUGCUCACUUGGUUGCCGGAGGAACGAAAGACGGCUCGGGGGUGGAUGGAGUACCCUUUCCUCAACGAUUGA